AUGACCCAGGUGCCCGCCAUGGACCAGGUGGUUGAAUCCCCCGCCGAGGGCAUGCCUCCGCCGUCGGCGCGUCCCGCUGCACAGCCACACAACGUCUCCACGGCCAGCACCAUCACCGCAGCUUCCGAUACGCUCGACAUGGCCGUCUCCCCGGCCCUGUCUGAAGAUGGGUCCGCUCUCGUUUCGGCGAGUUGGCGGGCCCAGGAGCACUCGUCCCCGGAUGCCAGUACCAAAUCGUCCGAUGCUCUCAGCCAAGUAAAGGAAGAGAGCAUCGGCGAGUCGAGCAGUGCUCCCCAGGACACACCGUCGAUGCCGGUGCAGAAGCGUCGCCGAGUCACGAGAGCCUGCGAUGAGUGCCGGCGCAAGAAGAUCAAGUGCGAUGGGAAGCAACCCUGCACACACUGCUCCGUCUACAGCUAUGAAUGCACAUACGACAAGCCGUCCAACCGGCGCAGAAACCCUGCACCUCAGUACAUUGAGGCACUGGAGCAUCGGCUGCAGCGCGCCGAGACGUUGUUGCGCAAAUUCAUGCCUGAGGUAGACCUGAGCGAUCCCAACCUCGAUCCCGCGGUCCAACAAGAGUUUCAGAAUCGCGAGCGCGCGAGAAACCAAGCCGCCAAGUCGGAGAAGCAACAAGACAAACAAGUCCAGCAACCUGAGAACCAGGACUCGCAGAUUCUUUCUAUGAUUGAGACCAUCGGGCAACUCGACUUGACCGAAGGUGGUGAGUGGGACUUCCACGGCAUCUCUUCUGGGGCUGUCUUCCUCAGGCGCUUGCGGGAGCACUUUGGAGGAUUGUUGGGACAGGACUACAAGGCACCUUUCCUCCCUCGCGCCCCACGACUGCCAGGCAUGUUCAACUUGGAUUCGCCCAGGUCAAGUGUCAGCUCGCCCUGGGACCCGGCUCUCCAAAACGUCUACGAUCUACCACCGAAAGAGCAUGCUCGUACACUCUGCUUGUACUCCUUCCAAUGCGCUACUUGUCUUCUUCGAAUAGUUCACGUCCCGACUUUCUUCGAGACUUUCGAAAGGCUGUACCAGAAGUCUCCCGAAACUUUUGGUACGGAAGACAAUAGAACGCUUGGUUUGUUGUAUGCGGUCCUGGCUCUCGGCUGCGUGUACAACUUCUCGGAUGACAGUGCGCACCACUACCAGGCAGCCAUGGAAGAAGGGCUCAAAUAUUUCUCUACUUCAAGGCUGUUGCUCCAAGAUAUUACAGAGUGUCGAGAUCUAGCGUCCUUACAGGCCCUUCUAUACCUGAUCCUCUUCCUCCAAGCGACAUCCGACCUCUCGGGCUGCUACGCCUUCCUCGGGAUAGCAUUGCGCGCAGCUAUGCGUAUGGGUCUACACCGUCAUUUACCGCACGCCCAACUGACUCCGAUAGAGCAUGAGUCUCGCAGGCGCGUAUUCUAUGUCAUUCGACAGAUGGACACGUAUGUGUCUGCGUUGCUUGGCUUCCCCUUGAUGUUGAGCAACCAAGACAUAGACCAGCCGCUUCCGACCGAGGUGGAUGACGAGUAUAUCACCAAGGACGGCAUCCUGAGCCCCCCAGCGGGAUCACCAUCUGUCUUUGAGGCUUUCAAUGCGCACGCGAAGCUGCUAGACAUCCUGGCAAAGGUAAUCAAGCACAUCUAUCCGCUCAAGGGUAUCGAGGACUGUGUCAUGAGCGGUGAAAAAGAAAGCGCGACGUACUUGAUAAACUACUCGAAGAUCAAGGAGAUUGAACAAGAGUUGCAUGAAUGGUUCGAAAAGCUUCCUGAGCAGUGGCGCCCAAGUGCUGAAGGGCCCAUUGAAGUUGUCCGGGUCAAUCUUCCUAGAAUCCGCACCCUUCUGAGGUUCGGCUACGCACAUGUGCAAAUGAUGCUGUAUCGGCCAUUUCUGCACUACGUCUCUCCUCGCCUAUCCGCUGGGAAAAACGUGGAUGAACGGUAUUACGCCUGCGCCGCCGCUGGUAUCAGCGUGGCAAGAAACAUCGUACACAUAGGGAUGGAGAUUAGGAAGAAGGCAGUUGUAAUUGGGCCGUAUUGGUUCAUCCUCUACACGCAAUAUUUUGCCAUACUGUCCCUGCUCUUCUACGCUCUAGAGAAUCCCGACAAGGCUGGAUCCCCCGAAAUCCUCGCCGAAGCCACCGCCGGGAGGGACGUCAUUGCGAGUCUCUCGUCGAGGAGCUCGGCCGCCGAUAGAGUCACAGCUUCGCUGAAUGUUGUCUUUGAGCGUCUUCCUGAUCAUUUGAAGAAGGGCAAAGGACGUCCCAUACCGACUAAAAAGCGAUCCCUGGGACCGAAAGCUAGUCCGAUACCAAUGCCUCCCACGACAGCUCCGGGCAGACGAUCCGAGGACAGCCAGUCACACAAAGGCAGCGCUGCACAGGACGCUCGAAGGCAUGCGUCCCACCGCAUGUCAUUUGACACGGCGCAUAGACCGCAAAAUGCUAGGCCCGGACAGCAAUUCAUUUCGAACUUUCCCGAAAUGCUAUCGAUGGACUUGUCAUCGGCAACGGGCAGUCCCGAAUCGAGCGGUACGCCGUCGACAAGCUACCGCUCCAUCCCUUCCGUACCGGCGCACCAAACACCGGGCGGUGCUGCCAACCCCUUGUACAAGUUGGACACUAUGAUGUUCCCCUCGGGCGAUCCGUUCGCCUAUCCGAACCAGCCGAUGGCUGACAUGCAAACGCCCACUUCCGGGCCGCACCCAGGCCAAGCCGGGCCUGGCCAUCACCAAGACGCGAUACAGUUCUACAUUCCGCCCAAUGUCUAUGAUGACAUUGAGGGCCAACUCCUUGGGCCGGUCCCGCCAUACUUGAUGCAGCAAGCGCAAGGCCAGCAGGGCAUGGACCUCCAAUCGCAUAUGUACAACGCCUCAGGCAUGCUCGGCAUGCACACACAAAACACACACACCCAGCAACAGCACCAAGAACAACAACACCACCAGAUGACGCAGCAACGACAACACAGGGAGCUGGAGGAAAUGCUGGCCGAUCCGAAUUUCGACCCCAACUUUGUUGAAAUGUUCCCACAAAACUACCACCGACAGAUAUAG